CCAGUAACAAAAAGACCGGGCAAUUAUGAAGACUUAAACAUCUUCCACUCAUCUGCCCGCUGCAACCUACAACGUUGGGUGCCUUGUACUCCAUGGGCUGCCAAUUCCAGGAAUAUGUAGCGUGACAAAGAAUGCUGUUCCAUAUUAAUCCAGAGGACCAUAAAGCACCGCUACUCUACCUAAAGAGCUGGUUUAAGAAAAAGAAGCCCAGAGCUCCCAAAGCCAGCUAAUGGGAUGGAGUUUUUAUAUUCUGCCAUCAGGCAGCUAAGGAAGUUAGAUGAAGAUAGUCUGACAAAACAACCCGAAGAAGUAUUCGAUGUGCUAGAAAAACUCGGAGAAGGGUCCUAUGGCAGCGUUUUCAAAGCUAUCCAUAAAGAAACGGGCCAGGUUGUUGCAAUUAAGCAAGUUCCUGUUGAAUCUGACUUGCAGGAGAUCAUUAAAGAGAUAUCCAUAAUGCAACAAUGUGAUAGUCCUCAUGUAGUCAAAUACUAUGGCAGCUAUUUUAAGAACACGGACCUCUGGAUUGUCAUGGAAUAUUGCGGUGCUGGAUCUGUGUCUGAUAUUAUUCGACUGCGAAAUAAAACGUUGAUGGAAGAUGAAAUCGCUACAAUAAUACAAUCAACACUCAAAGGGCUGGAAUACCUCCAUUUCAUGAGGAAAAUACACCGUGACAUCAAAGCUGGCAAUAUACUACUCAAUACAGAAGGGCAUGCUAAACUUGCGGAUUUUGGGGUAGCAGGCCAACUCACAGACACCAUGGCAAAAAGGAACACUGUGAUAGGAACUCCUUUUUGGAUGGCACCUGAAGUGAUUCAAGAAAUCGGAUACAAUUGUCUAGCAGAUAUCUGGUCUCUGGGCAUUACUGCCAUUGAAAUGGCGGAAGGAAAACCACCAUAUGCUGAUAUUCACCCGAUGAGGGCAAUUUUCAUGAUUCCAACAAAUCCACCUCCAACAUUCCGGAAGCCGGAACUCUGGUCAGACGAAUUCACAGACUUUGUAAAGCAGUGUCUUGUGAAGUGUCCAGAAAAAAGAGCCACUGCCACGCAGCUGCUUCAGCAUCCGUUUGUAAAAAAUGCCAAAGGAGUUUUCAUCCUACGAGACCUGAUUAAUGAAGCAAUGGAUAUUAAACUGAAAAUUCAGGAAGCUCAACAGCGUGAGAUGUAUCAUGAUGAUGAAGAAAAUUCAGAAGAAGAUGAAACUGAUGCUAGGACCAUGGUGCGGGCACAGGGACAAGAGACUGGUACAAUCAGAGCUGCUUGUGGAAUGAGUGAUGGCAUCAACACCAUGAUAGAAUACAAUGACACGUUAGAGUCACAACUGGGAACAAUGGUCAUAAAUGCUGAAGAUGAAGAAGAUGAGGGUACAAUGAAGAGAAGGGAUGAAACAAUGGAGUCUGUCAGACCAUCUUUCCUUGAUUAUUUUGAGCAAAAAGAAAAAGAGAAUCGGAGAAACAACUAUGGAAGGAAUGUACCAGAAAGAUAUUCCUCCGAUUGGAGAGUUCCUCAGGAUGGUGAUUAUGAAUUCCUGAGAAACUGGACUGUUGAAGAACUUCAAAGAAGACUCGGGGCACUUGACCCCAUGAUGGAGCAGGAGAUAGAAGAAGUUCGCCAAAGGUAUCAGUCGAAACGGCAGCCAAUUCUUGAUGCCAUUGAAGCAAAGAAGAGACGCCAGCAGAACUUCUGAGGAAAGCCUGCCAGUAGAAUAGAUAUCCAUCAUCCCUAACAAUAAACUGCGUUUCUAUGA